AUGGAUGAUCCAGAUCUGGUUGCAGGCACUGUACCAAGAGGUCUGCUGCUCAAUGGCAAGUGGUACUCAGAAGAACAUACUCUUGGUUCCAGCUUGGACACAAACUCUUUGAGAAGGAGCCAGAAGAAGAAGAAGCAAAAAUUGAUUUCAGAAAAAGUUCCUGAGUGUAACGCUGCCUCGGGAUAUGCCUUUUGGUGGGGGCAGCUUGGCUAUCCUCAGCUCAUUCCCCCUAAGUCAUACAAAGCUGUAAUCGUGCUACCUCGUGAAGCCAAAAAAUUCGUAGUGCGGAUGGUCAAAGGCAGCAAUGCUCAAGUGAUUGAAGUCGAAAGCUCCCCUCCUCUUUCCAAGGCAAAGAGGCUGAGAAAGAAGGCUGUUAGUGAGUCUGAAGGGAAAGAAGAAGAGCCUGCAACAGUUCCUACUGAGACCACAGAAAUUGAUGAAGAGCUGCGAGAGGCCUUUAAAGCCGUGGAACAGGAGAAAGAGGUCUUGAAAGGAGAAAAAUAA